CCUCAUCCGGUUUAGUUUUACACGCAACCACACGCCCCGUCUCCCGUCUGCAGUCCACGACAUAGUUUCGCCAUAUUUGUUAUUUUGUUUUUUGUGCCGGCAAACAAUUAUUUCUCGGACUUCACGCGCUGUGCGUGUAGAUUGAUGGCGGAUCCUGUUUUAGUCUGAGUAUUUUGAAAGUCGAGCUUCGAGAUGUCACGACACCGGGACGGUCCAUCCGACUGUAAAGUCUACGUUGGAGAUCUAGGAUCGUCUGCUUCCAAAGCAGAUAUUGAAGAUGCAUUCUCCUACUAUGGGACACUGCGAAAUGUGUGGGUUGCUCGGAACCCACCGGGAUUUGCCUUUGUGGAAUUUGAAGAUGCUAGGGAUGCAGAUGAUGCUGUUAGAGGCCUUGAUGGGAGGAUGGUCUGUGGACGGCGUGUAAGAGUGGAACCUUCCUGUGGGACAAGAACAGGUCGCUUUGGUGGAUUUGGCCCCCCAUCCCGCAGCAGAAGUCGUCCUUUCCAUCCUGAAGAUCGCUGCUAUGAAUGUGGUGAUAGAGGCCACUAUGCCAGAGAUUGUUCUCGCUUCCGCAAGGGAAGCAAAAGGUCAAGAUCCCGAUCUCGCGACCGGCGCUCUCGUUCCCGCAGCGAUUCGCGGUCGAGGUCCCGCUCCCGCUCCCGAAGGCGUUCCCGGUCGAAGUCGAGGAACAUGAAGCGAUCACGGUCUCGCUCCCGCUCUGGCAUCAACCGUAGCAAGCGUUCACGCUCACGCUCUAUCUCCCGCAACAAGAAGAGAGAUCGCUCUGUUUCUAGGAGUCGUUCCAGGUCUAAGUCGAGGUCCAAAUCUCGUUCUCGUUCUCCUGCUUUGAAGAAAAGUCGUUCAAGGUCCCAUUCCAAAUCUAAAGAUGCAUCCAAGUCUAAAUCCAAGUCUAAAUCAAGGUCGAAGUCCCGUUCCAAAUCCAGAUCAAAGUCCCGUUCUAAAUCCAGAUCAAAGUCCCGAUCCAAGUCUAGAUCGAAAUCUAGAUCCAAGUCUCGGUCCAAGUCCAGAUCUCGUUCCAGGUCCAAGUCAGAAACAAAGGCUGACGAGUCUCCUAAGAAGGAAAAUGGAAAUGCUGAAUGAAACCCUCAUGUGAUAGUGAGCAAGACUUGUCCUUUGUUUUGUUUUAAAUGUUAGAGUUCUUGCACUCACUGUUAUGUUUUGAAUCAUGUGAAGCAAAAAUGUUUUUUAAAAGCACAGAAGUUUUCUUUAGUCUGUGAGAUGCAGUCAGAUGUUGUAUUUUCGUAUACAAUUUCCCAGACAGAAUUUAGUUUGAGAGUCUGUCAUUUACCUAUGAUUGUGCAAUAUUAUUGAGCAUGUAAAUCUUUUUCAUGUUUUCAUGUGUGUAUGCUUGUGUGUGUGUGUCUGUGUGCGCAUGUGUGAGAGACUUAAUGUAAGUGGGUAUUGUAAAAUACAUACUACAAACAGUGUUACUGUGCAAAUUGAUUUGACAAUUGAAAUGAAUAUAAUUGAGUUCAUACCAA